AUGGAUUCGUAUGACAUAAUCAUCAUCGGCGCCGGGCUCAGCGGCAUCAACUCGGCAUACCGGCUCCAGACCGAGCUACCCGGCCACAGCUUCCUCAUUCUCGAGUCACGGGAUUCCAUCGGCGGCACAUGGGGCUUCUGGAAAUACCCCGGCGUCCGCUCCGAUAGCGCCAUGGGCGUGUUCGGCCUUUCGUGGUACCCGUGGCCGCACGACACCAACAUGGGAGACGCACAUCUGAUCAGGGACUACAUCGAGGAUGCCGCUGCCUCGCGCGGCAUCGACUCCAAGAUCCGCUUCGGCCAUCGCGUCGCCGGCAUGUCGUGGAGCAGCGAGGAGCAGAGAUGGACGCUGAGCGUCACCGCUUCCGGCCCUUCCGGCCUGGACGGUGCUGGAAAGAGGGAGUUCUCGCUCAGCGCCAAGUGGGUGAUCAACUGCGGCGGGUAUUACAACUACGAGAAGCCCCUGCCGGUGGUGAUUCCAGGCAUUGAGAAGUUCAAGGGCGAGGUGGUGCACCCGCAGUUCUGGGGCGACGAGAUCGACCAUGCGGGGAAGGAGAUCGUCGUCAUCGGCUCCGGGGCUACCGCCGUCACCUUAUUGCCGGCCCUCGCCGAGACGGCCGCAAGUGUGACGAUAUUGCAGCGGAGCCCGUCGUAUGUCUUCAGCCUCGACGGCAAGGAUAGCACAAUCACCUUUCUCCGGAGGUGGCUGCCCUCGCGAUGGGCUUCGACAAUCAACUGGUGGCGGACCAUGAUAUCCGAGAUUUUUUUCGUCUCUGUCUUGGCGAACUUCCCCAACCUUGGAAGGAUGUUGAUCAGGUAUGCGACGAAGAAGCAGCUGCCCCCGGGCUUGGAUGUGGACAAGCACUUCAAUCCGCGAUACAACCCGCUCGACCAGCGCCUCUGCCUGUGCCCGGACGGCAACUUCUUCGAGGCCCUCCGAAAGCCCCACUGUGACAUCGUCACCGACACCAUCGAGACCGUGACCGAGACGGGCAUCCUAACCACGUCGGGCUGCACCCUUAAGGCAGACAUGAUCGUCACGGCGACGGGCCUGCUCAUGGGCCUGCUCGGCGGCCUCGAGGUGACCAUCGACGGCGAGCGCGUGUCGGAGCGCAUCGCCGAGCGCUACUGCUGGCACAGCAGCAUGCUCGAGGGCAUACCCAACACGGGCACCGUGGCCGGCUACACGGCGUCGACCUGGACGCCCGGCGCCGACGCGCACGUGCGCAUGCUGAUCAGGGUCAUCAAGCACAUGGACCGCGUCGGCGCCACGUCCGCAGUGCCCUUCAUCGACCCGGAGCGGAGGAAGUCCUUCCCGCAGAAGCCGGCGGUGACCAACAGCUCGACCUACAUCGUCAGCGCCAAGGAUAGGCUGCCCAUCGUUGCGGACGUGGGGCCGUGGAGGAACGGCAAGAGCUGGUUGGCGGAUAUGUGGCAGCUGAGGUUUGGGAGCGUGACUGACGGGAUGAGGUAUACCGUGCCGGAGGGCAAGGCGAAGGGGGAUUAA